UUUCUAACUGUUUUUUUUUUUCCUGAUGGAUGUACACAGAAUCGCCAUAAGAGUUCUUAGCUGGGCAACUGUGUUUAUCUCCUCUAAGUCUUUGAUCUGGAAAAUCUGCUUCAAAUUCGGUUCAGGGAUUUUUCUCUUUUGAGUACUUAUUUCUUUUUCUUCAGUUCUUGAGGUCUUUUUCCGUGCAAGUUUUAGCCAUCACUUUCCCACAACUACUCCACAGUUCAUUAGCCACCUUCCCCUUUUUGCUUUAUAAUAUAUAUACACACACACUGCUGUGGAAAAUACAGAAACGGCCGAGGUGGGGUUGUUCUUGCGUUCUUCUCAAUGGUGGAUGAUCAAGAUAUUCAGUCACGGUCAAUCAAGAAAUACGACCAUAAAUCCCAGGUAUGUGGACCUUUUUUUGGAGAAGGGAAUCUGUUUAUUGAGAUGAAAAUUCUGAAAAAUGAAGAGGAAGGAAUCGAGGAAGAUCAGAAUAAUGGCUUUCAAGAGCAAGAUCAAAUGAAUAAUAAUAAAAGGGUUUGUCGGUUUUGUAACAAAGUGUUUAGUUCAGGUAAAGCUUUAGGUGGUCACAUGAGAAUUCAUGUUCAAGCUAACAAAGAUCUGGCUUUCAAGAAGAAGCUCAAAGCCUAUCAAUCUGUCAAGUUCAAGAAACAGAAGUAUCUGCCUGAAGAUGAGGAUAGAGUUAUUGAUUUUGUGAAGAAGAAGAAGCAUUAUGAAGGAUACAAUAAGAAUCAAACUUGUAUAAUUUGUCGUAAACAUUUUCCAUCAGAGAAAUCGCUGUUUGGGCACAUGAGGUGCCAUCCUGAGAGAGACUGGAGGGGGAUUCACCCCCCUACAAUGGCAAGAAACAGCUCAUGGUCAUCUUCUUCGUUCGAUGCUGAGACUCAAAAAAUGGAUGAUCAGAUUGAUAAUUGGGUUGAUUUGACAAAAUCAUUGAAGGGUUGGUCAGUGACUGCGAAGAGAGGCCGCAACGCGAUGGUGGCAUCAAGCUCAGAGAUUUCGAGCUUGGAAGAUGAUGAAUUACGGGAUGCCGUUAAUGAUCUUAUGAUGCUGGCUCAUGGGGACUCAUACGAAAGUGGCCUAACAAAUAGGCAAAAGGUUGAUGAAUCUGAUGCUGCAAACAGUACUUCACUGAAUUCCAAGGCUGAAGUUUGGGACAUUAGUCCGGUUUCUAAAUUGAAGAAGCAAAUAAUUGAGGAAACUUAUAUCGACGAAUUGGGAUCCUCUAUCUUUGAAAAUCUUGAAUAUUUGCAAGCGAAAAGUGUGAUAGAUGUAGGCGAAGCGACAGAUGUUCCCAGAACUGGGCUCAUCCUUGAAAAACCCGUAGUAGAAUUCGAGCAUGAGGAUUCCUCAGAUGACAAGAAGAAGUAUUCAGAGACUAGUUAUGGUAACGUGACAAAGAAGAACAAGAAGAGAAGGAAAAAGGUGAAAUUGAGUGAUUUGGAAUUGGUACAAAAUGCUAGUCCGAUGUUAGCACUUCAGCCUGAUAAGUACAAUUGCAGCACUUGUGACAGGUCCUUCCCAACACACCAAGCACUGGGUGGCCAUAGGUCCAGCCACACAAAAAUCAAGAUUUGGGUCGACGAAGAAAUUUCAAAUCCCAUUGUCCAAUUGGCAGACGAAACUAAAGAAAGUGAAGCUAGUAACAUAUGCAGGAGAGCGCUCGAUUUCGAUCUCAAUGAGGUUCCUCCACCUGAAGAUGAAACCGGUAUAGAGUCUGAACUAGUAGUUAGUAAUUAAGGUUAUGCAUCUUCCUCUUAUAACUCUAAUUUCCCUAGUUAAUUGAACUUCAAUUCGUGUUAUUUUCUGCUUAUAAUCAGCUAAGAAGUUAUUAUUCAUAGGCGAUCAUGUUAACAAAUUUUAGCUUCUUGCUAAUGUUUUAAUCAGUUGGGACAGACGGUGAAAUAGGAACCAUGAUGGGUCAUGCUUUA